UGCAAAAUCUCUUCCACCUCCAACCCGCCUCCAGCCCGUCACAGUAAGCUGCGUAACGCUGUCGAAGAUCGACGGCCCAUGCUCGCUCGCUCGGUUAGGUUAGGAUUGAUUGACUCUUUGGCAUAAAUCGAUCCAUCACUCGUCGCUAGAAGCUGGAUUGAAAUUGAAGUCCAGGUUCUUCUGCUCCAUCUGCUCCAUCUGCUCAGGGAAUCUGAAGAGCGAGGUCCAUUUGCGAUUUGCGAUGCGAUUUGCGAUGUGCUUUGCUUAACCUGAUCGAUCGACAGACGUACGGAGUACGGAUUGUUGCUCAGUGGCUAGGAGGGAGGAGGGGGAGGUUUAAGGAUUCGAAGAUGGAGCUCGCGCGGUAUGCGUCUGUGAUAAGGAGGGUAGGUAGGCCUGUCGAUCGGCGAGGAAUCACUUGUCUGCUGCGCAUGGAUGGCUCCUUUUCCGGCCUCCGCAUGUUCUCCUCGUCCUCGGGAUUUCCGCGAUCGUCGUCGGAUUCGCCUCAGAUGACUGAUUUCGGCUAUAGAUCGGUUCCCGAGGAGGAGAAAGCUGGACUCGUCGAGGGUGUGUUCAAGAAUGUCGCUGACAAGUACGAUCUGAUGAAUGACCUGAUGAGUGGUGGUCUCCACCGGCUGUGGAAGGACAAGCUCGUGUCCCGACUACGCCCGUUUCCGGGAAUGCAACAUUUGGACGCAGCCGGUGGGACCGGCGACGUCUCAUUUCGGAUCUUGAACGCAAUCCGCGAGAUGGAGAAGAACAUCGUGAGGCUGCCUCAGCGCCAGAGUUCUGCGGAUGGCGAUUCCCAGACGAAGAUCGUCGUAAGCGACAUCAACGAGGCGAUGCUCGAGGUCGGCAAGCAACGUGCAAAGGACCGCGGCUUUGCAAAUGCGGCCGAGCUCGAUUGGCUACAGGCGAAUGCGGAAUCUCUGCCGUUGGAUGAGAACAGCUUUGACGGCUUCACUAUCGCCUUUGGUAUCCGGAACUGCACUCACAUCGAUAAGGUUCUGAGCGAGGCGUUUAGGGUCUUGAGGAGGGGAGGAAGAUUCCUGUGCUUGGAAUUCAGCCGAGUGGACGCUUUGCCUCUGCGGCAACUGUACGACAUGUACUCCUUUAUGGUCAUUCCGUGCAUCGGCGAGUUGGUUGCGGGCGACAAAGAGUCGUACCAAUACCUUGUGGAGAGCAUUCGGCGAUUCCCUCACCAGCAACGAUUCGCGCGGAUGAUCGCCGAUGCCGGGUUUCAGAAAGUUCAGUUCGAGAACUUAACGGGGGGCGUGGUUGCCAUUCAUUCGGGGUUCAAACUCUGAGUUUCCAAAAGGGGAACGAAGAAAGUCUUUUGCGGGUGACGGUACACAUUUUUUUUCAUCUCUUAUUCGUUUUCUGAUGACAGCACUUACUCCGGCUCCGGGGUGGAUUUGGGGAAGAAGAGGGGGGAGGGGAGAGGGGGGGGGGCGGCACGGGGAGCGCAACAGUUGGAUUUCCUGGUCCUGGGAGAUAGGAUGAUAAUUCAUUGAAUUCGUUCAAAAUUGUCACGAGCACAGCGCGUUGAAAUUGUUGAUCGUGAUAUUUGUGCCUUGCUGCUGUUGGAUUUCCUGGUUCUGGAAUAUAUGAUAGAUUCAUUGGAUUCGGUCAAAAUUGUUAUGAGCACAGCGCAUCGAAAAUGUUGCUCGCGAGAUUUGCGUCUGCAGUGAAUGCACAUUAGUGAACUUCUGCACUCUGGGAAGGGAAAGCACAUCCAUAAUAAUAAUUCAUUGGGAUUUCAUUUCUGUCCUGUUGCGAAAGCAUUUCGGUGUGAUGUUUGCGGGAGUAAGUAGGGUACGUAGUACGUAGUCAUGGAGCGUGUGCUGUUGAUUGAUGUGUAGGGAGUUGGGUGCUAAAUGAACUAAGUUCAACUAA